CCAGCCUGCCUCAGAUGUGAACGUUAGCUGGUGACAUUAUGUCCAGUUCAGCUUUGACGUAGUAACCUUUCCUCACAAGCAUUGAAUAGGCUUGCAUCUAAAAGGACUUUACGGAAAUCCCAACAACGAAUCUGAAAUGUUGACUCCACGGACACUGCCACACUGAACUUAUAUACGUAGCAUCAUGCAUGAAGUUUCUUUUAUCGUUAGCAUUUGAGCUAGCUCGGAGUAGUGGCAGGCUAAGUGGCUAAGUUUUGUUUCUUUUCUGCAGCAGGCUGGUUUGUAGGCUAGCAAUGUGAAAUUGCUUUAACAGUUAAAUACCUUGGCAGCAUAGCUAUAAGGCGCGUAACCAAUGUUUCACCAGUAGGCUAACGUUAAAACUUUUUGGCAAAUCUAUUAAAAUUAGGGCUGCGUCCGGCUACAGCUGGAAUCAACUGGUCAUACUUGCUAACUAGUUACACAUACUGUCUAUGUAAACACCAUGGACGUGUACCAACAAAAGUUAGAUAAGUCCAUAUAACAUCGGCAAAAUGGAAGCAUUCAUGAGGUUUCUUUGCCGAGAAGGACUGCGAGGAGCACAUCAUGAGUUGAACGUUUUAGCUUGUUCAAGUUGUUUGCCUCUCCGAAUUGUAAGAGGUUCAAGAUCACCUUUCAGUUGUCCUAAUGCUCAUCACUGCACGUCAGCAACGAGAUGUCAAGGGGGUCAUAUACUCAGUCAACAGUCAACAUUAUUACAGAAAUUACAUUUUAACACUGUGUCAUGUCGCUUCAAAGUGUCAGAGGCUUCCCUGUCCAGUGUUGCUCCAGUUUUUGUUGUGAUGAAAUUUGACAAAAAUGGGAAUGUCACCACAUCUGAGAAGAAGAAAACAGAGCUGUAUCAGGAACUGGGUUUACCGGCCAGAGACCUGAGGUUCCAGCACCAGACAAGCAUCAACACACGCAACAAUAGUAUCAUCCUACAGAUGGAGUCUCUGAAGGCCAUAGUGACGCUGGACUGGCUGCUGGUGCUGGACUUCCGAGGCACGGGGCUGGAGAAGUGGCUGGUGCUGGAGCUGGGCCCACAGCUGGCUGGAGACGGCACGCUGGUCACCUACUCCUUACCCUUUGAAUUCCGAGCUCUGGAGGCCAUCCUGCAGCACAGGGUGAACAUUUUGCAGGCCAGGCUGAAUGAGAUGCAGCCUCAGAUUAUAGACUCUCUUGAGUCUCUGAUGGAUCCAAAAAUCUUGUCUGCAGACCGCAGUAAGCUACACAUGCUUCUGCUCAAUAGCAAAGGUCUUUCAGAAUUGGAGACCGACAUCAAAGUAUUCAAGGACAGUCUGCUUAAAAUCCUGGAUGAAGAUGAACUCAUCGAAGAGAUGUGCCUGACCAAAUGGACAGACCCCCGUGUGUUUGAGGAGAGCAGCCUGGGCAUUGACCACGCAGAGGAGAUGGAACUGCUGUUGGAGAACUACUACAUGCAGGCAGAGGAACUGGGCAAUAAGACUCGUGAGCUGAAAGGCCUGAUUGAUGACUCUGAGAGUGUCAUCUUCAUCAACCUCGACAGUCACCGAAAUGUGAUGAUGCGGCUGAACCUGCAGCUGACGAUGGGCACCUUCUCCCUGUCCUUGUUUGGCCUAAUUGGUGUGGCCUUUGGGAUGAACUUGCAGUCCAACUUAGAAGAGGACCCACGUGUCUUCUGGAUGGUGACAGGGAUCAUGUUCUUGGGCAGCGGGCUGAUUUGGAGACGACUGCUCUCCUUCCUGGGACGACACCUGGAGCCAUCCCCUCCACCCCCUAUCCCCCCAGUAUGGAAGAAGGGCCACAUCACCUCCCUGAGAGGGACAGACGUGAAAGGAGGAGUCAGAUGAUGAUGAUGAUGAUUAUGUCGAGAAUGGCGAUGGUGAUGUUGAUGAUGUUGGCGAUGAAAACACAAAUCAGAUACUCAUGGAAAGGUGAAUCAUGUUGACAGUGUUUUGCAUUCAUGUCAUUGAAGUUCAGCUUUUGUGCUUACAUUUGAAAUGUACAUUUGGUAAUGUAGGUUUGUGGUUUCAAUUGUAUUUAUUUCUGUAAGUAUACAAGCACAUAACAUUCUCUUGCCAUGCCACCAUCCUGUGGAGCUGAGAGCUGUCCCCAGCGCAGCACACUGGAUAUAUUGAUAUAGUGCUGAAGAUAGAUACCUCUUUAAAACAUUACCGUAAUAGAGGAUGACCUAAUGUUGUUCCCUUUGCGCUUAUAUACUUGAGUCUGACACACAGUUCCUGCACAUUUGAUAUUUUUUGUAACCAUGGGUGUAAGAUGGUGUUUGAAACAUGCUUUAGUUGUUUUAUAACCACCACAGUGUAUACCAAGCAGUUUGAAAGUUUGGUUUUGAAUAAGACUGAUCAAAUUAUACUUCUAAUCAUAUUAUGACUGUUGUAUUAUACAAUAAAAUUUAAGUCACAGAAGAAUCUAUUCUAAA